GUCUUUUUAUCUUCAACAGCCAAAGCUUCAAGCUUUACCACAGAGCAGCCACAAUGGAGGUCUGUGUGAACUCCACAAAACUCCUCAAUUUGAACCAAAACACCCGUCUUUUCGUUCCCAGAUACUCCAUUUCUCAUUCUUUCAAAAACCCAAUUCUCCAAUUCAAUAACAAUGUCCAAAAAAGACCCUUAAAUUAUCCUCUUAACCAACGCUCUUGUUUUUCCCGCCAAAUUCGAUCGCUUCAACGGCCAAUCUCAUCUCGGAUUAAGGCUUCACCAGCUUCUUCAGCGACUUCUGGAGCCGAGACAGAUAAGCUUCCAGCUGAUAUAAUGGUCACUGAGACUCAAGAGCCUAAUUCAAGAGUAAGGUUGAGUGUAGAAGUUCCGGCUGCAGUAGGUGAGGAUUGUUACAAAAGGGUCCUAAAGGAGUUUAUGAAGCAAGCGAAGAUACCCGGAUUUCGCCCAGGGAAGAUCCCGGAGAGUGUUCUUCUUAAUUAUGUAGGUGAGGAAAGUGUUCAGAAGGCCACAGUAGAAUCCAUUCUGAAAAGAACCCUCCCUCAUGCGAUGUCUACGGUAACCGGAAGAGCUCUGAGAGAUUCGGUUCGAAUAAUCACCAAAUUUUCCGAUAUGGAAAAAAGCUAUUCUUCUCUUAGCUCUCUUAGUUACGAUGUGAUUGUAGAUGUGGCACCUGAAGUAAAAUGGAUAUCCGAGAAUGGAUACAAAAGCAUGAAGAUUGUUGUCGAAAUAGACCAUGACAUAGAAGCUGAAAAAGCCUGUGAAGAGGAAAUAAAACGCCGCCACAAGUCCUUAGGCACACUGAAAAUUGUAACUGAUAGAGGACUACAGGUUGGUGAUCUUGCAGUCCUUGAUAUAUCAGCAACAACUAUUGAUCAAGAUGAGUCUAAUGUUCAAAAAGUUCCAGCUGCAGAGAGUAAAGGUUUUCAGUUUGAUACAGAAGAUGAUGAUAAAGUACUUCCCGGUUUCCUUGAUUCAAUAAUCGGUAUUCGACAAGGUGAAACCAAGUCCUUUCCGUAUGUAUUUCCAGAAACAUGGCAACAAGAAAAUCUUCGGGGUGUUGAAGCUCAAUUUACUGUUGAAUGCAAAGAACUAUUCUACAGGGAUUUACCCGAGUUAAAUGACUCUAUUGCCGAUAAGCUUUUUCCUGGUUGCACCGACUUAAACCAGGUCAAGGAGUCGUUAUUGCAAAAGUGCCAAGAAAUGGAGCAAGCUGCGAAAGACCAAGCAACGGAUAAUGCAAUUCUAGACCAGCUUUGCAAGAUGGUUGAGAUCGAUAUUCCCCAAUCCUUGUUUGAGGAACAAGGUAGGCAGCUUUAUGGAGCUAGACUUCUAGAGAUUCAGGCGAAUGUAAAGCUAAAUGAACAACAGUUGGCUACUCUGUCAAGUCCUAAGGCGGUGAAUGAGUUUCUGGAGAACCAGAGAGAGAACAUAAUAAACUUGAUAAAGCAGAAUCUCGCAGUAGGAGAUAUUUUCAAACGUGAAAAUUUGCAGUUUUCAACUGAGGAGCUUGUGAAAGAGGUACAGAAUUCGGUUGCCGAAUUCAAACGACACAAGCAAGAAUACGAUGAGGAACGCGUGAGGGAACAGGUACAAGAUGUGCUAGAGGGUGCAAAAGUGCUUGAAUGGCUUAAAGAACAUGCAGAUAUUCAGUAUGUAACUAGAUAAACAUAAAAGAAAGAAGAAAAUUCUGCCCUGGACCGAAUCAGAGGCACAUUUGGAUUAGGGGUGACUGUCAAAUUGCAGACGAAAAGUAAUAUCUUCAUUUAUGCAGAAUAGAAUCUGCAUUUGGUUGAGAGACUAUGAGAUGUAGGUUCUUUUAAAAGAUUAAGCAGUUCAAUUUGUGAUCAACCUUGUAUUAGAACAAACAUCUUUCGAAACAUCGAGUUUUCCCGAGUA